UAAAAAAGCGGCCGAAAAUCCUUUGAAGGUUCUAAUGUCUGUGAUCGUGAUCGCUGAUGACGUCACAAAACAGAAGGCAUACAUUGGAUGUCUGACACUCAGCACUUCAGAAAAACAAGAUAGAAACGCAGGAGCUCAAACUUGAGAAUGUCAACAAUGAAAAAACACGAAGCUAAAAUUACAACCGUGGUCACAGCAGAGGACUUCUUACCAGCUUUUAAUGGCUAUUUUGAGAAGUUCUCUGAAUUACAGUGGAGCAUGAUAAAAGAUGGUGUUUGGGACUCAGAUGCUAAAGCACUUCUGGCUGAUCUGAUUUCUGAAAUCAUUCAGAUCGCCGCUGCCAAAAACAUGAGAAUUGUUCUGCCUCUGAUUCAAAGCCAGACGAUCAGGGGAGAAAGCCCAGAAGAUGUAAUGGAGAACAUAAAUACAUCUCUUGGAGACUCUGUCUCAGACAGCAUUGCCAGCUCUCUCAAUGUCCUGAAACAGACAUGUAAGAGCGCUCAAAAGCUGACGCAGAUGAUUGAGGAGGAGGUCACGGAGAAGGUCAACGCGGCCAUCUCUCUGCUCACACAGAGCCCCAAUUUGCCAUCAGACCCUUCUAUCUACGUCAAUGGAAGAGUAAGCAACAUAAAGAAACUGCGUCGCAUGGUUUCGUCUGCUGCCUCGUGCCUGAGAAGGUAUAUACGUCGGCUUGAGCGCUGCUGCAUGGGAAGGGAAGAUCAUUCAAGCUCCAGUGAUGAAAGCACAACAUCCAUCACCACAGUGAAAUCAGCCACCGGUAAGGUUUCUUCAAUUCUCACAAAAUGGAUUAAACACACAGAUAUCACAGGGGAUGAUACUCCUGAUGGUGUGGAAGAAGGCAUGGACAUGGGGCUCACAGACAAAGCAGCAGCAGUGGAGAAACAUGAAGAAAGCGAGGAGUUCACACACACCGAGGGACGAGCGGAAAACAUCCACGAUCCAAUCUCGGCAGAAAAGGCUGCAUCAGAAUUAGUGGAAAUAGCAUUUGAAAAACAGGAGUCCAGUGAUGCAUCUUGCUCACCCAAACACGCCUCUGACAGGAGUUUAAUGAUCAGUAAAGUGAGAGACUUCUUCACCUCAAAUUUACCAUCUACAGGCUUAGCCAAACAAAAUGUCCGCGAAAAACUGUUUUUCAUGUUUGCGGAAAAACAGUUUGAAAAAAUGAGAAAAGGGUUGAAAAGAAAACUUAGGUUAAACAGGAAAUAUUUGAUUUCUCUGUUAAACAUGGCCAAACCCCCCCAGGAUGACAGACAGACCCCCCCUGAGAGUAGUGAUUUAAGCCUCCCAGGAUCAGUGCCUCAAACUCCUCGUCCUGAGUCUUCUACGUCCUCCCGUACUUCUAUACAGACGCCAGCCCCGGAGAGCACAGGUAAACGUUGUUCUCCUUUCAACUUUGACACCAUCAAGUCAUAUGUUAUCAAUUUGUAUAACAAACUGACAAAGAAAGAAGAACAUUGCAUUGGUCCCGAUGAUCUGGAAAACACUGGAAAUAGCGUGGAACUCAGGAAUAUUACGAGGGAACUGACGGACAAAAUAUUUGAUCUUCUAACGAUCAACGACAAAUAUGAAAAACCGGUGCCUGUGAUGGGAAGAUCUCUCUCAGAAUCUGUGAUCUCCAGGACUCCAGUAGACGGCUCACGGCGCCGGUUUUCACAUGAAGUCCUCUAUGUUCUCAUAGAAGACUUAGUAGAAAAGUACGUGCAGAAGAUUGUCCUCUGGCUGGAGAAUAAAGAGUUAGAUCAAACUAUUCAAGCUGAUCUAGUCUCUGGGGCACUAGGAGACAUCCAGGACCUUAUUGGAACAGCCCCGACCCCAACAGAGGCUUUGUCAGAUGCUUUGGAACAAAGUGGCAGAGAAUCUGCAGCAUCCUGCCCUUCAAGGCCAGCAUCUGCUUUGAGUACAGCAGAGCAGAGCAUCUGUCUGGAUGAAAGCUCUGCUACAUCCACAGCCCAGUCACAGCCCAGGAUCAGCUUAUUGCCGGAAAAAAGCUCUGCUAGGUCCAGACGCUCUGCAUCACCAUUGAGGUCCAAGAGCCCGUCUCUGGAAGAAAGCUCUGCUAGGUCCAGACGCUCUGCAUCACCAUUGAGGUCCGAGAGCCCGUCUUGUGAAGAAAGCUCUUCUACAUCCAGUGACUCUGCAUCAACAUUAAGGUCUGAGUGCUCAAGUCUGGAAGAAAUCUCUGCUACAUCCAGUCACCCAGUUCCUGCAUUCAGGCGUAGGGUCAGAUUAUUGCCACAAAAAAGUUCUACUAGAUACAGACACUCUGCGCCAACAUUAAGGCCCAGGAGCACAUCUCCAGAAGAACGAUAUAUUAGAUCCUGUCACUCCGCGCCAGUAUCAAGGCCCAAGUGCAAACAUCUGAAAAUAAUAUCUGAGCGUAAACUGGCCUCUCUUCCUGGGGCUUCAAAAGGUCACAUCACUCAGCCGUCACCCUCUGAAAAGUCUGAGCAGGGUCUGUCACAAGUGUCUGUGUCAUCAUUUGAUGCUGAGAAAAUAUCCAAAAACCUCACUUCCUUUCUGUUAAUCCGGAUCAUCACAAAAUCCAGGAAGCAACAUCUUCUGUCUAGCAAGGAAACAAAAAUCGUCUUGGACCGUCUCGAAGAUUUGGUGAACCAACAUAUCAGCAACAUAGAGUCUGCCGGAAGUCUGGAGGACUCCAUGUACCAAUUCACCAAAUCCUUAUCUAAAAGACUCAUCAAGGAGUUUGGAUCCCCAGACAAGGUGUUGGAGGCUGCUAUGGCCUAUGAUUCAUCUUUUGAUGAAGCUGUCCUGAGGAACCUAAAAAUGGAUCUCGGUGUCUUCCCUAGUCCUCCCCCAAAGAAGUCCAAAAUUUCCAGAUUCUGUUCAGCAGUGGGAAAAGCUUUUCUUAAGCCCUUUAGGUGCUUCUGUAAGGGCAGCAAUGAUUAAAUGAUGGUUUAAACAUCACCCCGUCUCCUUUUUGAGUCCCAACAUUCCCAACCGGUCGCGGCAGAUGGCCGCCCCUCCCUGAGCCUGGUUCUGCCGGAGGUUUCUUCCUGUUCAAAGGGAGUUGUUCCUCCCCACCGUCGCCGAGUGCUUGCUCAUAGGGGAUCAUUUGAUUGUUGGGAUUUCUCUCUGGUACUGUAGAGAGUACCAGAGAGAAAGAUGUUUCGUACUGUAGAGUCUUUACCCUACAGUACGAAACAUCUUAAGGAGACGGAUUCUUUUAAUUUGGCCCUUUCUAAUCUUGAGUUGUACUGUUUUAAA